GUGUGCAACGUGCAUAUGUUUGUGUGUGUGUGUGUGAGAGAGAGAGAAAGAGAGAGAAGGAGCAAAGCAGGAUAAGGAAGGUUCGAUAUAUCACUUUGGCCUCUUUGGGAGCUUAAGCCAAAGCCUGAUUGAAUUGCCCCUGCUGUCUUGCGGCUGCAAUCGGUCUUCAGACCCCCAAGAGCUCCCUUUAAUGCCAUAUUAAUUCCCCUCUGAUACGCGGAGGCUUUGACAUCAUAUAAUUUUACAUGGCCCCCAACGUCAAUGGAAGCUCGUACCAGGCCCUACAUGAUACUACCAAAGCGAAGGCGCUGACGGGUCCUUGGAGGCUUUCCCAAAGGGUCAGUGGAUAAUGCCCAUCAUCGACACAUGGGAGCCUGCGCUAAGACAACAGCGUCAAUGAUAACUAGCCGGGUAGUGGGCCUACACACACACACACGCGCACACACACACACACACACACACACACACACACACACACACACACACACAGCAGUAGGUUAGUAAAUUAUUAACAUUUCAGUCAAAUACACAUGCAAACACCUUUUUAACAGGAAAUAAGACAGAGGCUCUUUGACCGCACUGGGCCUGAGCCAAAAGACAGACGGAUCGCGCCUCGCGUGCGUCUCCCCAGCCACUCCAAGCGGCCCGUUUAAAAAGCCAAUGUUAAGAUGAAAUGGGGUAUUGAAUCACCUGCCAUAUCUUUGAGUGAUGAUCAUUAUUUGAUCCAUAGGGAUCAGUGCAAUGGGACGUGAUGCCUCUAAAGUGUUUCAAGCAGCCCCCAUGCCGUCAGCUUAAUAUCUUCAUCUUCACACCUGGGAGCUGUGCGCUGCAUGCAGAUGCAUCUGUGGGUUGCCAAGUUGGGGCAUAAAUCAGAAAGCUUAUUAAAUCGUAUACCAGGUUAACACGAUUUAAGAUAUUAACCUUAAUGUUAAUAUCAUUUGUAUACCGUAUGUUACAUUUCAAUUAAAUCUUAACAUUGCCCAAAACUCUAAAAACAGUCGGUAUGACCUUUUUUUUUUACUGGAAGGAGAGUUCGUCGGCAGAUUACAUGCAGUGUGAAAGACGCUAAUUAUAAGAGAAAUUUGAGAGGAGCUUGCAGUAGUCGCUUGAUCUAACAUAGUGCUGUGAUGAAAUAUUCAUAGAAAUCCAUUACCAUAUUUUUGUCUUUUUUACCAGAUUAUAUAAUUACAAUAAUUAAGUUUGACAGACAUCAAGUCUAUUUUAAGUAAUUGAUGAGCAAGUAAGUUUCCAUGUCAUAAUAACCGGCUUAAUAAAUGACACGUCUCAUAAAAUAUUGAUGCUUCAGCUUUGUCUCUGCUCAGCAGGUUCUUCCCCCAAAAUAUAUAGUCCCAGCCACCUGACUCAGGGAAAGUGAGUCUCUCUUUCUGUCCUCUACAGAGCAAACCUGUUUUGUCACGCUGUGAUAAGCCUCUCAACAAAGUAAACUUUGCGCACCAAUAAUUUACUGGUGAAAAAAAAAACCCAUGAACAUUUCACUCUCGCCCCCUUUGAUUUGAUUCCUGGCCAGAGAUGGCGGACGCCAUAAAGACACAGAGAACCCGGCAGGCGAGCUGCCUGUGUGAGUUGGUAACAGAGCCAUAAAAACCUGCUUGAAACAAAUCACCUGUGGUGCAUAAUUCAUGAAGCACCAAAAAGGGAAAAGAGGCUCGAGUCAGUCAGUGAGACCUACUCCUCUGGGCCUGUCUAGUAGAACACUAGUGACUUCAUUGGCUUCCAUAUCCUCAGGGUCACGCAAGGGAAUGAAUAAGCUAUGUUGACGACCUUUUGUUUCCUCUUUGCUAGUGUGAUUAGCAUAUCUCUCAUACAUACUGGCACAUAAGGUAAAGUAAAAGUAAAGUGACUGGUAUUUUGCAGACACAUUUAUCCAAAGUGACAGACUCACCUUCAUGUACAGUCAGGUGGUGACACUGCUACUGCUACACCAUGCCACAUUACAUCUUAAUGAAUAGUUAGAUACAUGUUUUUUUUGUUGUUGUUGUAAUUUUUUUGCAAAAAAAGCUCAAUUUGUUUCAGGAUUUUUUGUCUUUGUCAACUUAAAGCAUGACACAUUAAAACUAAAUAUUCUUUCAGAAUUAACCCAAUACUACCUAGAUGAUAAACACAAAAGCAUUCGAGGUAAGCGCAAACUAAAAACCAGUCUGCUGAGUAUGGGGCUUGUGUAAAUUAAUAGAGUUCCAGUCUUAACUAGUUACAGCUCUGAAACAGCAAAUGAAUCCUUCCCUGAGAGGCAUGGAAAGCAAUUUUUCACUUGACUGAGCCCAUAGUUGUACACCAGAUAUGAACCCAGUAGGAAGUGACAAAAUGGCUGUGCGUUCAGAUGGAAUAUAAUAAUCAGCAGCUAAAGAGAUAAUUGGUAGAUUGAUCUGGAUAUGCAUUGGGGUUAAUGGCUGCCAUUUUGUCUUGUAAAAUGGUUCUCAGCUGCCCCAGAAAUCUAUUUCAUGUGAUCUGCUGAUGUCACUGGAUAAUUGUAUAAUAGAGUUAAAACGACAGACAAGAUGAUACUAUACAUUUUUUAUUGCAGCUUGAAAAAUGAUGUGAUAUAUACAUUUGGUGUUUGGUGUAAUCGAUAAAGUGUAUGCUCCAAGGCUCUCUAAUAACACAUAGAGACUCUACUGCGCGCAUUGCGUGCUGUGGCAGAUGGAUGUUAUCUAACUGAGAAUACCAUCAACCCGUUCCCCUUAGAUUCUUCUCCCCGACUGCUCCAGUGCCAAAAACAACAUGGCAUAUAAAUCCACACAACGACAAGUGAAUCAUUUGUAUCGAAGUGGAGGCAUCUUUUGUUUUCGGGGCGGGGGGAGAACGGAAGACGCACCUGCCGUCGUUCCCUGAGACAUUAUUAUUUCAUGGUGCCGCACGGUGUUGGUUUUCCCAGCAGCCCGUUUGUGUACGCGGCCUAGCGCUGAAUAAUUUAGCGGCGCGCUACUCAGUGAAUGAUGGAGGGCCAGCUUGCCGGUGGGCUGGAUCUCAAGCAGCAAAUAGUGAGCAGGGAGCUCGCCUCUCACACGGCUCCCGUGUCACACAGGUGUGCAGGGCGUUCCGCAGCGUACGCCACAGGUAUACUCUCCCUCCGGAGCAACGAAAACAGAGCGAGGGCGAAAAAAAAAACAACGGACAUGGAGGAGUCACAGAGGACGUUUGGGCCGCGGUACGCGGAGGCGAAGCCGCGUAAGGUGCGCUUCAAGCUGAACUCGUCGUACAGCGGCCGGGUGCUCAAGCACGUCUACGAGGACGGCCAGGAGCUGGAGAGCCCCGAGGAGAAGUACCCGCACAGCUUCGUGCACACCAAGAUCCCACGCCACCUGGACGCCGGACAGCUCUGCAGCUUCACUGACAUGCCCGAGCAGCCCACGGGGCUCUACGCGCAGAGGAUCAACGUCUACCGGGGGGUCACGGGCUUCAGGUCGCCCACCUUCGGUGACCUUCCAGAGGGAGACCCUAAUGCCCCAGUGCUGGACUUCGGGAAGAUCAUUAUCUACACUAGUAACCUGAGGAUCAUUCCUGCACCCCAGAGGAGGAGGGAGAGGGAGAGUGAAGCAAGAGGAGCUGGGCAGGAUCAAGGAGGAGGAAGAGGAGGAGAAGGAGGAGGAGAGGAGGAGGUUUCCAAGGGUCACAGCCACCGCAGCAGAGGCAAGCACAGAACUAAGUGUGGCCAUGGAAACAAAGAGAUGACCUCUCCAAAACUCAAGCAGGAUGCCGGUGGCUGUCUGCAGUGUGGCGGUUCGGGCUGUGCCCCCUGCUCCCUGUGCCAUGGCAGCAAGCUGUCCAUGCUGGCAAACCGAUUCAAUGAGUCGAUCCGAGACCUGCGCUGCCAGGCCUGCUACCCAGAAGGCCUGGAACCCUGCCAGUCCUGUGCCCAGUAGAAGAGCAUUAACCCCUGGGUCAGAUCACACUCUAAUGUAGCUGUGACAUGAGCGGAGGGAGCUGCAGCAGGGAGUGGGGACGAGUUUGUGUUUGUGUUGGGGGGUGGCUUUCGGAGUGAGUUCUGGGGGGGGGUUGGACAGUGUGAGAGACGGCUCGUCUUAAUAAAUUCUCUGAAGAGACCUGAGAGAACACUGCAAUUUGGCAACGACGUGAUUGUGCUCUUGCGAGAGGAGAGUGUGGACAAAAUGACAGACUGGCAGGGAAAAUGGCCGUAAAUGGGCCGCUGAUUACCAAGCGAGUCAUGACACCCAAUACAGCGGGGGACCUGAGGGGUGAAAAGUGGGCGUGCAUAGGCAGAACGGGAGUUGAUUACAAGACCUACAUUGUCAAGAGGGAAGAGCAUGAGACGAGAGAGAGAGAGAGAGAGAGGGAGAGAGAGAGGGCGACCAAGCUAGAGGUAUAGGAAAAAGAGUCUAUCAAGUCAUUAUAGUGAUGUUAUUAUUAUUCAAGGGAGAAACAGAGAUGUGCAGACAGAAAGAGAGUGGGAGGGAGGUGGGUAGGGAUGGAGAGAGAU